AUGACCAUCGCUCGCGUCCCCGUGUCCAGUCCUCCAUCGCACGCCCCCGACGUGAAGCGGAGCUCCUUCAAGGGGGAGUUAGCAGGGAAAGGCAACGCCACGACCGAAGCGGUGGUCGGGUUGCUGGCUGGGAUGGUUUACGGAGCGACUUCUCCUCUCGCGGGACAUCCUUUCGACACCGUGAAGACGAAGAUGCAGGCGCAGGCGUCUCACCGCAACUGCACGUCGAUGGAUGUUGUUCGUUAUGUGUACAAAACAGAAGGUGUCAAGGGAUUUUACCGCGGUCUCGUCCCGGCCUUGACCGGUGGCUCCAUCUUUGGUGGGAUCGUGCUGGGUGCGUACGGGGGCACUUUUGCAGCGUGCGAAGGAACGAUCCUGGCUGAGCCCAUACCUGGGACAGGAGGGUUGCGAGGGGCAGUGGUGGCUGGGGGGAUAGUAUCUGCAGCGUCGAGGAGUGUGAUAGAAACUCCUCUGGCUCUGAUCAAGAUCAGGAGGCAGACCGGACAGUCUUGGCUCAUCUCUCCUCAGAGCCAGCACACCCUUGUCAACGCUGGGCUGCAGGUGAAGGAGCUGUACAAGGGCAUGGGGCCCACGUUUUGGCGGUCGACCUUCAUGCUCGGAACUUUCUUCAUCCUCAAUGACUAUGCCGUUCGCCUCAUCCCUGACGUUGUGAACGCUCCUGUCGUGGGCCCGUUCGUGAAGGGAGGAGUGUGUGCGACCAUCGGAUGGCUGCUGGCAUGGCCGAUCGAGGUCGUCAAGUCGCGGGUACAGGCAGACAGGACCAGCAACUACGGGAACAAGACCACGAUCAGGCUGAUCCGAGAGAUCGUCAAGGAGGAAGGGUUGGCAAGAACGUUUCGAGGCAUCGGGCCCGGGAUCUGCAAGUCGUUUGUGUCCAACGGAGCAGCGAUGUUCAUGUUUCACUUCCUGCAUGAGUUCAUGGAGAAGGAUGAGAGUAGCAGCUAA